CCACAGGCCACAUAUAGCCAAUUUUGUUGCCUGAAAUUCAACCUACACUUGAAAUCUUAGUCUUACAUCAUUAUUUUUAUAAUCAAGGAUAUCUUUACCCGUCCGGCGCGCGCGUCCGGAAUCAUGAUGUAAUUUGUUGCACACGAAAAUAAUUGUUUUUCGUGGAGGGGUACCGUAUGUGGCAAGUGCGAUGCAAAGAAAAUGCAAUAUUCACCAUGGCAACUCUUGAGGAGACAAUGAAAAUCUUCCAAUCGUGUGAUGCAGUUUGCUUUGAUGUUGAUAGUACUCUCAUUCAAGAUGAAUCAAUUGAUGAGCUUGCUGCAUACUGUGGGGUUGGUGAAGCUGUAAAAGAUCUAACAAAGCAAGCUAUGGGAGGUCAGAUGAGCUAUAAAGAAACCUUAGAAGCCAGACUGAACCUGAUCAAUCCUAGUAGAGAAUUGAUGGAGAAGUUUAUUCAGCAAUCUCCUAUCAAAUUCACCAAGGAAAUACCGAAUUUGGUGAGCAAACUUCAGGAGCGAGGAACAGCUAUCUAUUUAGUAACAGGAGGAUUUACAUGCAUAGUAAGAAGCUUUGCAGAGAAACUCAACAUCCCAGUAGAGAACAUCUAUGCUAAUAAACUUCUCUUUGACUAUGAUGGGAAGUAUGUGGCAUUUGAUGAGUCCCAGCCAACAUGUAGUACAGGAGGCAAGCCAAAGGUGAUGUCUAUCUUGAAGGAGAAGUUUGGCUAUAAACACCUUGUCAUGAUAGGAGAUGGAGCUACAGACAUGGAAGCAGUCCCUCCUGCUGAUGCCUUCAUUGGGUUUGGAGGGAAUCAGAUCAGAUCUAAGGUACAGGAAGGAGCGCAGUGGUUUGUGACUGACUUCAAAGAACUUAUCAAUGUAUUAGAUGCAUCGAGUGAUUCAUAAUAGUAGUAUGGUCAUAGAGAUUGUAGACAAGUGUCAGAUGCAUAUUCAUAAGAUUGGUUCUGUGCUCAUACUGUAUUUGCCAUAUUCAAUUCAAUUUUCCUCUAAAUUCCGUUUAAUCAUUAUCAGGAAUUGAGUUGAGCGGGCCACCAGGGCUCUUAUUCGUUUAAUUGUCGUAGUGAUCAGAUCUGUGCAAUGCCAUUGGUUUAACAUUUCACAAUUUUGAUUUUGCACACUUCAACCAAUCAUAAGUACACCUUCAAAAUGACACUAGCAGUAAUGAAGAUAAAAGAAUAGAUGGCCUGGCCAUAUUUAGUAGGGCAUUGGAUUUCCUUUGUCCAAGUCAGAUGUACCCAUUGGCCUUUUGUACAAUGAAUCCUGGGCUCCGUAAUACAAACGUUUGCGAUGAAUUGCAAAUAUGAAAGAACCGCACUGAUUGGUCCCUGGUCACUAUUUCAACCCUAAUGCGCGUGUAACAUUGAUAUUGAUUGGUCAGUUCAUUUAGCGAUUGAUCGCUAAUCUUUGUGUUACGGAGCCCAGGUGGGUGUUUCAUAAGUUAAUAAUGACUUUUAGAACGACUGGUUAUCCUUUCUUGUGGUAAAUGAUAUUCACCAUUACAUGUUCAUUAGUGAUUAUUUAGCGCGUAAGAAAGGAUCACCAAUUGUUCUUAAGCAUUACGUCAAACCCCCGUUUGGAGGAAGACCGCAGUUCAGAUUGCAAACUGCGGUGUUAUACCCCAUUUUCCAUUUGGGAUCUCCCAAAAAUCAUUUCCAAGCCCUCAUCAACCGGGCUUGGCCAGGUAAUCCAGGGGUAAUCCCCGCUGUCUCAAUAGGUGGUUUCAAACCGCCUCGAUCACAAGAAUCCCCGUUAAAUUACGAGAACUUUUUUAGGCUGAAAAAUACCCAUUAAUUAUUCCUGCAUUCACACCGCCCUGAAACAUACCCUUCGGGAUAAGUUCCUGAAGUUACGAGCAUGCGCAGUAUGGUCUGAUAAGCAGCAAGGCGCGAAAUUCAAAAUCACUAGCCCAGCAGCAACCCAUGCACGGCGCCGCACCCAACGACACGCUGGGCUAAAAGUUCCCGUAAUUUGCUUUCAGACCGCCAAAAUACCCACGACCUUGGAAAAAUCCCCGCGAAAGUUCUCGUAAUUUCGCCAAGUACCUACUAUUUAUCGGGUAUUUUCUUUCGGGGAUAUUACGCGUAGUUUGCUUUCAGACCGCCAAAAUACCUGGUAUUUUCUGAUCGGGGUAAAUUUCCUGAUCAGAGAAUACCUGGAACUGGCGAACUUCGAGGCGGUCUGAAACCACCUACUUUCACCUCCACAGGCCAGUAUAUGAGCGUUGAGCAAAGGACAAAAAGAUAAACAACAGCUGUGCUAUUACGUAAGACUUCUCUGCCUGUAGUAGGACCUUCGGAAUGAAAUUAUUGUAUUCGAUAUUUAAUCACGUUUUCAAAUGCAUAUUGUAUUCAGUAAUCCAAUGUUAGUCAAUUUUCAAUUUCGAACGAAGAAAAUCGACCUCGAAAUAAGGAAAGUAAGCGAAUAAAAAUGACGGCAUGCUUUGCAGCUAGGGACCGCACUCAGCGCUGCGCAUGCAUCCCAUCGCGUGUGGCCCCCUGCUGUGACUGUAUAUAUGCCGGGCUGUUGUGUUAUCUUCGGACCGACGUCAAGAAACAGGUGUUUUGAUACUUAAAUUGCUUGCUUGGGGCAGUUAGGGUUUGUCGUACUUGGAGAAGAGAAUUGAUGAGAAGGGAAACUGGGGUAUAAUGUUCUCAAAUGGAAGUUUUUUGUCAUGGUCACUCUUAACUUGCGAACAGCUUUAUGAAACGGCUCCCUGGCCUUAUUUCAUGUGUGUAGGGUGUCCUCAAUAUAGGCAAUGUCUACUUGCUCAUCUUCGCUUCAACACUUUGUAUACAUCCACAUAUUUUGGAAUAAACCUAAGAAGUAUGCCUUUGUAUCAGAGAUAUUAUUCUUGUCCUUCCUCUCAGAUAGACAAGUUUAUAAUCUGAACCCUUUUAUCAUAUUUGAUAAACAAUUUGUUCAAUCAGACCCUAGCCCAAGUCCCAGAUUAUCCUUCAUUUUUAUGUUCUUAUCCUUGUUAUUUACCUAUCAUGAUUAAAAAAAAUAGUUGCCAAUGUUCCAUUACUACCUCAAAUAGUAGUAACUUUAAGAUUGUAUUUCAAGUUUCAACACUGUGUCAGAAUGUGUGUGAGUUUCUUAAUUAUUUCAUCAUGAGUCCAUUCUUCUGGUUCCAGCGUCUAUUGAUGGUUACGAUAGGACAUUGUGAUAUUAAAUGACAGGCAGAUCUUGUUCUUAAACAAGAAUUUUAACUUUUAUCUCUUGUUCCAUUUUGUCACUGCAAAGCAAUGUGUAUCUUCUAGACAUUACUUAUCUUGCAUUCUUGUUUUUUGUGCUUUAUUAUCUGGUGUGUAAAUUCUACAAACUUUUUCCUCUCUUUUGCUAUAGAUUUUUUAUAAUCUUUUGAAGGUAUUUUUGCUUUAGUUCAGUUUAGUUUAUUUUCAAUAUUGGAAGCUUUGUUUCCAUUCAUCCAACUUGAAAGUUAUCUAAACCCAUAUCAUCUUUCAAAGUUCAAACGCUAUAACUUUAUUUUCUCUGGUGCUAUUUCUUUCAAAGUCUUUCCAUAUUCCCCCUUUUUUGUAAUCUUUCACACACUUCAGUGUAUUUCCUUUUUUCCUUGAAAGAUAAAUUCCAGGUGUGGUAACGGUCAUAAAAUGAAUAACAGAAUCCCAUGAAUUGACCAUUGGGUGUUUGUACACGUAUGAAUCGAUAAAAAUCAUGUGUCAAAUUAUUGUAGUAGAAAAUUAUUAAUUGCUCAGUAAUAAGCAACGUAAGCAAGACAUUCUGCACUAAUUAAAUUCUUUGAUAUAUUGACCGUUAUAAUAUACAACCUCCAAACUUGUGGUAGACCAAUUGUUAUGGUUUAAUACCAAUCCAUUGAAAAGCAAGUUCAUCUGAUUUGAAACCUAGGGAGCAGUGCAUGAAACAAAUGAUUUUUUUUUUCACUGUUAUGAGCUAUUUGUUAUUAACUACUGAUAUCCUCACAUUUGAUUGGCUCAAGACAGAUUUGAAACAAAAAUUGAUGUAUCGGGGAUCAUAAGUCAUAAGUAACAUUAAAAGCCCGCUUCUUGAUGUUGUCCUUAUUUCUUGUUAGAAUCAGGAAAGUAUGUUCACCCUGAUAUUAAAGUUGGUUUCAAUAACAGCAGAAAAGUAGAGAAUUGGUAAUAGUAGGAUAAAAAUCCGUCAAAGAAUAAUGUGAAUAUGUAUUUUCAAAGCUUUGAUUUGUGACGUCAUGGACGAACAGCUCUUCCAUCUGCCGUGUGAUAGGGAUUUUUAAAAUUCAAUUUUCUCAUGAAAUUGACAGUUAUUUUAUUUGCAGGGUGGAUGUAUCAUCAGACACGUAAUUUCAUACCCGUUUCUGUAAGAAAAAUAUUCAAAUUUUAAAUAUUCAUCGUGUUCAAUUUUAGAAUUUGAAUGUAUGGAAUUUAUAUUACAUGUACAUGAUAUAUGAGGAGCUGUUCGAGAUCUUUAAUAUGUCACAAUUUAAGAAUUUAUUACUCUUAUUCCUUGGAUUUUUAUCAAACCUUCACCAAUAUUUUUCUGUUUUUUUCUGCUAACGUUUGAAAACUUAUCGUCAGGGUUAAUGACUAAGGAACAGAAACUGAAUGCUGCCAAGGAUAUUUAAAUCAUGUUCUUUUUCAAUAUUUGAAUAUGUAUCACUCAAUAUUUUGCCUUGAACAUUGUUAUUCCUCCUUGUUUUAUCUGAUGUCAAAUGAUACAAUUUUGUAUAAGAUAUUAAAUUCAACCUUAUAGGAUGAAACAAGAAUUUGCA